GCAGAAGUGAAACUUCGUGAUGAUCAAUAUACCCUUGACCACAUGCGUGCUUUUGGCAUGUAUAAUUAUCUUCACCUUGAUUCCUGGUACCAGGAUAAUGUCUACUAUGUUGAUCAGCUUGGAAGGGUUAUGAAUCUGUCAGUGACUCUGGACACGGCUCUACAAAAACCAAGAGAAGUCUUCAGGUUACCAACAGACUUGACAGCUUAUGAUAAUCGCCUUUGUGCCUCAGUACACUUCUCAUCUUCCACAUGGGUUACCCUUUCUGAUGGUACAGGACGACUGUAUUUAAUUAAGUCAGGCAAGCGUGGAGACAACGCAUCUGAAAAGUGGGAGAUUGUGUUUAAUGAAGAACUUGGAAGUCCAUUUAUUAUAACACACAGUGUUUCAUUUGUAAAAUCUGAUGUGCAUUCUGUAGCUGUGCUGCUGCUUAGGGUAGAAAAAGAUGAACUGGACACAAAAGGCAGUGGAUUUCAUAUUACCUUGGAGUGGGUUACAAUUGGAGCAAUAAGCAAAGAGGGUGAUCAUAGAUAUGAAAUAUUUAAAAGGAGAGCUUUACAAGGAAAAUCAGUCCCCCAUUAUGCAGCAAUAGAGCCCAGUGGGGAUGGCUUAACGAUUGUUUCCUACAAACCAUUCAGGUUUAUGCGAGAUGAAGAUGACAAAUUAGAAGAAAAUGAUGAUGCAAAAGCAACAAAUGAAAAGAAAGACCCUCUCUAUUACUGGCAGCAGACUGAAGAUGAUUUGACAAUAACAGUUCACAUUCCUCAAGACACCAGUAAGGAUGACAUAAAAGUACACUUUUCCCUUGAUAACAUAUGUGUUACGCUGAAAGACCAGCCUCCUUUGAUGGAAGGAAAACUUUAUUCAUCUGUGGAUCAUGAAAGCUGCACAUGGAUAAUUAGAGAGAACAAAAGUUUGGAAAUUUCUCUAAUUAAGAAAAAUGAGGGACCCUGGUGGCCAGAGCUGCUAAUUGGUGACACAAGAGGGGAAUUCAUUAUGGACUCUUCCCAAUGCUCUGAAAUAACGGACAACCUGAUGCAUCUUACCUCUGAAGUAAUGAAUCCAAACCCUGAAAAGGAAAACCCACCCUGUAACGCUCAAGAAUUAGAAGAAUGUGAUGCUUUUCUUGAAGAUGGCACAAGCUUGUGCAGAUUUGAUGGUGAUACCUUGAAAAUCACUCAUGUGAUUAAUCUUGGAAGCAACCAGUAUCUCUUCUCAGUUGUUGUGGAUCCCAAGGAAAUGCCAUGCUUCUGCCUGAGGCACGAUGUUGAUGCUCUUCUCUGGCAGCCCCGCUCUGACCAACCAGGGAACAUGUGGGAACACAUUGCAACUUUUAAUGCUCUAGGUUAUGUCCAAGCAUCAAAGCAAGACAGGAAGUUCAUGGCUUGCGCUCCAGAUUACUCCUACGCUGCGCUUUGUGAGUGCUUGCGACGAGUUUUCAUCUACCGUCAGCCGACUCCUCUGUCCACGGUUCUCUACAACAGGAAGGAAGGAAGACAAGUAGGACAGGUUGCUAAGCAGCUAGUAGCAACCCUGGAAGCCAGUGAUCCUAUCUUAGGCUUUCAAGCGACGAGUGAGAGAUUAUUUGUUCUCACAACAAAAACCUUGUUUUUAAUAAAGGUGAACCCUGGAAAUUAAUUAUACAGUACAGUCUGCUGUAGUCCAUGUUAACAAUUUGUUGAAGAGCUGGGUGGGUAAAUGGAUUGAAGUUCAGUACAAUAUGCUGAGGUUCAAAAGGACAUAUUUUAUAGCAGAAU